GUACUCAACUUAGGCCCAUUAAAUAUUCAGUUCAACCAGUUGAUUCAUACAGCUUUCGUUUUGAUCUUCCAUUGGAACAACCCAUUCUUAUUUUGGAAAGUGAAAUGUCAUUAGUACUUACAUCCAAUUUUAUGCAGAACUUGCAAACUCAACAAAAUAACAACCAUAUUAUAAUUCCAUCUACAACUGAAUAUCAUUCAGAGAUGCAGUUUCAAAUACUAAAACUCUUAAAAAAUCUGAAAGAAGGUGAUUUAGAAGAUGUACUUCAUGGAAGGGAUGGUGGAUUGUUAGGUAUUGUUUCUUACCUUUCUUCAUUCCAAGUUAACCGUAAUGUUACCUCUAGAAGCACCUUAAAACAUAAAUGUGUGGAUGCACAUGUUGGAAGUAUACCAAUAAUUCUUAUGGAAGAAAAAGCUGAUAAAAAUGAUCUAGACUUAGCCAAAUAUGAAUUGAUGAAUAAAUUUAUGGCCACCUCAUUAUUGCAAAUUGCCAUCUUUGGACCACUUCCACCAUUUCCCUUUGGUGUUUCUAAUGUGCAAAUAGCAGAAGAAGAUUUUUGGGGUUGA